AUGUUUUCGGGUUCGAACUCGUAUCUAGGUGGUAAUAGUGGCCGGCAACCGCCACAACAACAACCACAGCAACAGCAACAGUAUGGCGGUUUUCAGCCAAAUCAAGGUUUCCAACCACAACAGACUGGCUUCCAGCCACAACAGACUGGUUUCCAACCUCAACCCACUGGGUACGGAAACGUCGCUCCUUUGCAACCCAAUUUCACAGGUUAUCCUCUUCAAGCACAACCUACAGGAUAUUCUCAGCCGCCUCAAUCAGGGUUUCCCGGAGGCCAGCAGCAGUUCAACAAUGCUCCUCAACAGCAGAGCUUCCAGACGGGAGCUCCGCCAAUGCCGCAGAUUCCACAACAAUUCCAGCAGCAGCCUCAACAAAUACAGCAAGCCCAGCCAUCUCCAGCAGCUCCCGUGCAGCAACCGCAAGCCACGGGAUUUGCAGCGAUGGCAGAUUCAUUCAAAUCUGCUUCAGAACCAUCGAAGCCAAGAGGACGCAGAGCCUCUAAGGGUGGAGCAAAGAUACCCAGUAUAAGACUUUCGUUCAUUACAGCCCAAGAUCAAGCGAAGUUUGAAACCCUUUUCAAGUCCGCAGUCGGAGACGGCCAAACAUUGUCUGGCGAGAAAUCGAGGGAUCUCUUACUGCGCUCAAAGUUAGAUGGGAACUCAUUGUCGCAAAUAUGGACGCUCGCAGACACUACAAGAUCUGGACAAUUACAUUUCCCCGAGUUCGCAUUGGCAAUGUACCUUUGCAAUCUUAAGCUCGUCGGCAAGUCACUACCCUCGGUACUUCCCGAUCAGAUCAAGAAUGAAGUUUCUAGCAUGGUAGAUAUCAUAAAUUUUGCUAUAGAAGAUGAUGGGCCAGCAGGAACGAAUGCGCCGAGUUUUGAUAGUCGACAGAGUACUGCAACGCCUCCGACUAUCCAGCAGCCACAGCCAAUGCCGUCAAAUUCUGCUUUACUCACUGCGCAAAUGACUGGUUUCCCUGGACAGCAAAAUAACUUCUCCGGUGGGUUUCAAUCGCAACCGACAGGUUUCCAGAGCUCAAUGCAAACUGGCUUUCCUGGGCAGCAAGGAGGAUUGCAGCCUCAGCCAACUGGAUUCAGUCAGAAUAUGUCAAACCCUCAAGCAACGGGAUAUACUGGACCGCGCCCUCCAAUGCCCCCUAUGCCAUCAAACUUCAGUUCCAAUCUGUCUCCUGCUCAGACGGGUAUGCAAGGCGGCAUGAUUGCUCCGCUGAAUAGCCAACCUACAGGAGUCCCAGGUCAAUGGGGAUUGGUCAAUGCGCCUGCAACUGGUUUGCCUAACAUCGAUCUACUACAAUCUCGGAUGAUGCCGCAGCAAGGCCGAGAACAAGGCAAUUUUACUACAGCUGGCAUAACAGGCAAUGCCGUCAUUCCAUGGGCAGUUACAAAGGAAGAGAAGACUAGGUACGAUUCCGUCUUCAAAGCUUGGGAUGGAUUUGGAAAAGGAUUCAUUGGUGGUGAUGUCGCUAUCGAGGUCUUCGGGCAGAGUGGCCUUGAAAAGCCCGACUUGGAACGCAUCUGGACCUUAUCGGAUCACGGCAACAAGGGAAAGCUUAACAUGGAUGAAUUUGCGGUUGCCAUGCAUUUGAUCUAUCGAAAGCUUAAUGGAUAUCCUCUACCAGCUCAAUUACCUCCCGAGCUUGUACCCCCCUCCACUCGUAACUUCAAUGAUUCAAUUGGAGCCGUCAAAUCGUUGCUUCAUCAAGAAUCAGAUUUCCGAAAGAAUUCUGGCGCGACACUUUUGCCCCAAAAGACUGGACUGAAGAAGAAAGUCAGAGAGAAGCAAGUGUUAUUGGACGCGAUUGAUUUCAAGGACGAAAAUGCUGCGGAUGAAGACGAUGCCCUUGAUCGUAAGGAUCGUCGUGAAGCAGAAGAUUUGUAUCGUCGCAUUCGUCGUAUCCAAGAGGACAUUGAUGCGCACCCAGACGCUUCAUUGCGUAACGUUGACUCCGGCGCCGAGCGUCGUGCCAUGAAGAGACAGUUGCAGACAUUGACAGAUAAACUUCCGGAUAUUGCGUCGCGUGUUCGACGAACAGAAAGAAGCAUUGCCGAUGCAAAGCUUGAACUCUUUCGUCUAAAGGAUGCAAAAGCUCACCCUGGAAGUGCUUCCAGCAUUGUUGGAACUGGUCCAGGUGGCGCGGUUACCGAAUCAGAUAGACUCAAAGCAAGAGCUAAGGCCAUGAUGCAACAACGCUCUGCUGCUCUCACUGGCAAGAAGAUUGAGAUAAGUAAUGAUGAUUUGGAUGCACCAAAACGCCUCGAGGAAGAAAACCUUAAGAUCAGAACCGAGAAGGAAAAUAAUGAGCGAAUGGUUCAAGAUGUCGAAGAAAGUGUCCGCGAUUUUUCACGGGGUCUGGAGGAUAGUCUCAAAGAUGGUGGCGAGAGUUCAUCUAGCGAGCAUGAAAAAAGACGCUGGGAGGAUGGGCUCGGUGUUGAAGAUGAAGUCAAGGACUUCAUCUUUGAUUUGCAAAGGAGCAGUAGAAGUGCAAAAGUUAGGACUGACGAUCGCAGUAGGGAGGCUCCCACUGAGACGUCUCGUGUUAGCUCCGCUCCAGCAGCUCGUAGUGAAACUCCAUCGUCGCAGCCUUCAUCUACACCAACCCCUUCUGCAGGUACAUAUUCACAAUAUAAGACAGCAGAAGAUAGAGCAGCGUACAUCAAGCAACAGGCAGAGCAGCGCAUGGCUGAGCGUCUAGCUGCUCUUGGCAUUAGGGCACCUUCUAAACCUGGAGAGACAACACAACAGAGAUUGGAGCGUGAGAAGAAUGAGCGUGCUGCUAAACUCAAGCAAGCGGAAGAGGAAGAUGCUAGACGUGAGGCCGAAAGGCAAGCUAGAAUUGCUGAAGAGCAGGGAGUGGCCCCACAUACACCGGAUCAACCAAAAGAAAUUACGAAAAAGCCACCUCCGCCGCCUUCGAGGAAGGCUGCAAGAAGCGACGCUAGUGAACGUAAAUUCGAAGAGGAUAGAAUCCUCAAGGAGCAAAAGUCACAAAUUAUUGCCACAAAUGAGCUAGAGGACGAUGCUCAACGACAAGAAAAUGAGCUUGCAAAAGAGCGCGAGGCAGCUCAAGCUCGUGUGAAGGCAUUGGAAGAGCAAAUGAAGGCUGGGAAAUUGAAGAAAGAAGAGGAAAAGAAGAAGAGAAAGGCUCUACAAGCCGAGACGAAGCAACAAGAAGCUCGUCUUGCAGCUCAACGUGCGGAGAUCGAAGCCGCCCAAGCACGUGAGCGGGAAUUGCAACGUCAACUGGAAGCUAUUGAUGAUUCAGACUCAUCAGAUGAUGAUGAAGGUCCAGAGCAAGUUACUCCUCAAGCGUCAACACCAACUCAGGGGAGCCAAGAAUUUGAGCGCAAAGAAGCCUCUCCACCCCCUCCUCCUCCCUCAGUCCCAGUCAUUGUAUCACCCGUCCCUGCGGCAGCAACAACAACCAGCCUUCCCCCACCAACCCCACAAGUUACUAGCCCUGUUGUCAGCCCUCCAGCUGAAACAGAAACCCGCAAUCCUUUCCUGAAGAAAAUGGCUCAAUCUGGUGAUGCUUCUGCCGCAUCUACUGCAUCUAACAACCCAUUCCAUCGUCUUCCUUCUCAAGAACUUCCCGCUCCUGCGCCAAUUCAGGUUCAGCCAACAGGUAACAGACCAUCUCGUGUCCGUCCAGAAGAGGAUGAUUGGGACGUUGUUGGAUCUGACAAGGAGGAUGAUUCCUCUGAUGAUGAAGGACCUGGUGCAGGCGGCGCGCGUCACUUGGCAUCGAUUCUUUUUGGAACCAUGGGACCUCCUCGUCCUUUGUCGGCUAUGGGCAACGAAGCUACAUCCGCACCUCAUUCGCCUGCUGCGGCAUCUCCACCAGUGGCAUCUCCACCACCUCCACCACCCAUGCCAUCAGCCGGUGCACCAGGCGGUCCACCUCCACCACCUCCUCCUCCGCCACCAGGAAUGGGUGCUCCACCUCCACCACCAAUGCCUCCCAUGGGAGGGGCUCCUGCGGCCCCACCUGCGGGUGGACGACCAGCUGGAUUCUUGGGUGAAAUCCAGAUGGGGAAAGCUUUGAAGAAGACACAAACUAAGGACAAGAGUGCAGCUGCUACGGCUGGGCGAGUUUUGGAUUAA